AUGUUCGAGUCCCCGGACACUGGGGAAGAGAUGGCUCCUACCCACAAGAUUUCCUUCUCCAUCAUAGACAUACUCGAUCCUCAAAAAUUCACAGGCAGAUCCCAGCCGUUUGAGCUGCAACAGAGUGGACCAAAUGAAAGCAGUGAAUUGCCCGUGCCCUGCAGUGGAGAACAGAAUUGGAAGGGGACAGGUGCAAAACUAAGUGCUGAAAAGAACAGCAACCAAAUCGGCACUGAUUCUGAUGGAAGUGAUUGGGAGCAACAUACUCAUUCCAAUGCUAAUACAUCAAAAAAGUCUCCGGAAACAUGUGAAAACUUUCAAUCAUUUAAAGACAAUAAAAUUUCAACGCAAGCUGAAUUUGACAAAGACCAUACUGCCUCUACUGAAUUGGAAACCAGAGCUGAACAUACCGCAACAAGACAAAAACGCCGUCGUGUUGAACCAGGCUGUGCCAAACCAAGACGAGCUAGAACUGCCUUCACUUAUGAGCAACUAGUGGCUUUGGAGAAUAAAUUCCGUUCAACACGAUACCUAUCGGUUUGUGAGCGUCUCAAUCUUGCCCUGGCCCUCAGCCUUACAGAAACACAGGUAAAAAUUUGGUUUCAAAACAGACGCACCAAGUGGAAAAAACAGAACCCUGGGGCAGACACCACUAUGCAGCCUGGAUCUACUAGCCUGUCUCGAGUCAGCCCAAGCCCUCCAGGACCAAGUGUUCUCAACUUCCCAACUUUUCAGACUUAUGCUGCAGGAAACGUCAUUUGCCAGGCAGCAACUCCAGUCCCCUUAAUAUCAUCUGCAGCAGGGCUGAUGUCUCCUUUCCUGAGUUCUGCCUACCUAACACCCUUUUAUGCUCCACAUUUGUGA